GGUCCGGGAUCUUUAGGUUGCUUAGACUUUACACAUGAGCUGUAGGGAAAAAGUAAGAAGUUUGUUAUUUUAACACAUUUAUUUCCACCUCAGUAUGCGAUUCAUUUAGCUUUUAAAGAAAGCGGAGCGACGAGCAUCGGAUUUCUUUUUCAGAGACUCAGAAAUCAAAGGCCAUCAACAUGAACUCCAUACAAUCAUCUGUACAAUCCCUCAUGCAACUGUUUGAUGGCAAAGCACAAGAAUUUACCAAUGAGAUCGAUAAUGUCCACAUGGUUUGGCUUGAGGAGAUCCAACAAGAGGCCAAUCGCAUGUUUUCAAGAGAUUUUAAUGCUGAGCCAGAAUUAAUGCCAAAAACACCAUCACAGAAAAUGAAUAGCCGCAGAAAGCGUGUAUCCUUGGGGCAUCAGGAUGAAAAUCAAGCCAGGCGAAGAUUUUCAAAGGGAAAGCGUAGUAACCUUCGUGGCUCCACUGUCAAAUCGCUGAACUUCAUUGCUGAGGAAAAUAACGUUCCUCCCGCGUCCACCUCUGAAGCCAACACAACCACACAACCUAAACGCUCCACCCGCAAACACAAACCAGCAUUGUUUGAGGCGGCGGAGGAUGUCAGCCAUUCCCGAGGAAAUGGUCAAACUGAAGGGGUGCAGAACAGGAAGCCCGAGUUGGUAGAGGAGAAAGAGAUGGACAAAAGUAACUCGGUGAACCAUGCAGAAGACGAGCCCGACGACAAAGGUAGCACCGCCCGUUGCCCACCGACGAUACCCUCGCCCGAGAUUGUUGUCAGCGUCUCUACGUCAGACCGAAUGUCUGCCGAGUUAGCGAAAAAGCUGCUGCUCGAGCCUGGCCGUACAGCUGCUAAGAUUGCGAUCGCUGGCACAGCGCAAAGCUCACGGCGGAGCUCCGUGCGAUGCUCCCUCAAGCUGCGCCAUUCGAUGGCCGGUCUGCGGCACAGUAUGACCCAGGAGUCUAUUCGCCGCGCCUCACGCCGCUCGAUGCUGAAGAGGAAGGUGGCUCGCAUGGGCAACUCCACAUGUAGCAGCAAUGUUGACGAGGACUCUAGCAUGGACUCUGCAGAGGAAGAGGGGGCUAGAAAAGCCGUGGUCGAUGCUGUCAGUGCAGACACGGAGGAUAACGAUGCAGCUAAAAAAUUGAAGGUCCAGAUUACCCAGACCUCGUGUUUGUCUCUUAAACGCAUUACUCGUUCCGUGGCUGCAAACGUCGUUGGCACUCCCAACAAGAGAACAGUUGCUGAGAAGCAGCUGACUGCCCAGUCAGGUUGCAAGCCACGCCAGAGUACCAAACGCAAAUCACCCGAUACUGUUGAGGACAGUCCGACAAAGAGCCACUCUCCUCCCAAGAAAAGUCAAAGUGCAAUGAGACCCAACAUGCGAUCUUUUCUCCACACUGUGCAGAAGAAUCAAAUGCUAAUGAUGACUCCAAAUUCCCUCGGCCGGACUGCUGUUAUCAAGUCUUUCAUUAAGCACACCACUCCUCUGAAGGUCGACCCCAAGUUGAGCAUUGGUAUAGUGACGAAAGAGCGCUACAAGCUGGAAGCACUGAAGAAGAAGCAGGAGCAGGAGGAAGAAAGAAUGAAAAAAAUGGAGGAGGAGAAGAAAAGGAAACAAGACGAACUCAAAAGGAAGAGGGAUGAGAGGCUGAGGAGAGUGUUUGAGGCCAAAGUAAAAGAAGAGCAGAGGGACAUGGAGAAGAAAAAGAAGAUUGAACAAAAGAUGGCUCAGUUUGAUGAUAAGCGUCUGGCAGAAGACAAGGCCAAAAAGAAGGUGGUGAUUAAACGUCAAGAGGAGCAGGAGCAGAAAAGGAAGUUGGAAGAAGAGGCGAAAAGGAAGAAGAUUCAGCAAGCAGAGGAAGAGAAGCGGCAGCAGGAGUUACUGGCUAAGAAGGCCGAGGAAGAGGAACAGCGAGCUCGUAGGCUGGCCGAAGCUCGCCGAGCGCUGGAACUGAAGAGAGAGCAAGAGAAGGAAAGAGAGCUGGAGAGAGAGCUGGAGAGAGAGCUGGAGAGAGAGCUGGAGAGAGAGCUGGACAGGGAGCGAGUAGCUGCUGCUGAAAGGGAGCGAGUGGAGAAAGAAAAAGCCCUCGCUCUGCAACAGGAAGUGGAGAGAGCCGCACGGGAGAAAGAGAGACGAGAAUUGGAGGAGAAGAGAAAAGCACUCGAGAAAAGACUGGAGGCGGAGCAGAGAGCAGCUGCAGAAGAGAAAGCAACCAAUGAGCGAGAAGCUGCUGCCAAAAAGGCUGCUAGUGUGAAGGUUGCUGCUUGUCUGAAUGUGACGAUGGAUAUCGAGCGCUCUGUAAUGAGCACGCCUGUCGGAAAAGGUGGUGGCCUCAAUGUGACUGUGGAUGUUAUGAAUUCGCCACAAUCGUACUCCAUCACUCCAAAUGGCGGCAACAAGCCGCCUCCCGAAAGUGGGGAGGAUUACGGGAUGGACCAGAACAGCGACGACUCUACUGAUGACGAGUGUGCCCCGAGGAAACCUAUUCCAUCUUGGGCUGAAGGUAACAAUCUGCAGCAGAAGAUUAUGAAGCAGUACUUCAACCCUCCUGAUUUAGAGUCUUUCUUAGGAGCGGUUGAAUCACCAAAACUGGAAAAUAUAUUUUACAAGAGCAAGCCUCGCUAUUUUAAACGCACCAGCUCUGCUGUGUGGAACUCUCCUCCAAUCGGAAGCAAGUAAAGUCUGGACACUGAUACAGAUACACAUAGCUGUAUAAAGUGUAAUCUUUAUUUUACAGUGUGUUUUUCAGGAUGUUUUUACAUGUUCAUGGUUUUAGCUAUCAACGUUUUAGGAAAUAUUCUUACUAGUAUGUCAAAUAUGUCAUUGGUUUGAGUGAUACAAAAGUGAAAUGGAUGCUUCAUGCUUGGACUUGAAAAUGGGUGUGUAUAAUAACCCAGUGGGAAUGUAAACGUUUGAAAGUUUUUGCCAAGUGAUCAGCAAAAACUUUCAUUUGUAUAAUUUGUGUGGCUACUAACUGUAAAUUAUAGUAGUAUUCUUAUGUUUUGGAUAUCUUCUGGUGCAUUAAAAUGGUUGAACAAAAUCUG